AGCAGGACCAAAGUGAGGAAGACGAGUUGGACAAGAGGACGGCGAGCAGUCGAAAGCACGUGCAGGUAUCGCGCUGGUCGCCCGAGUUNGACUGUNANAUACGNACCAUAGCAUACGAAAGAUGGAUGCCCGGAGUACGGGUCCCCCAGCGCGAUGAGGCAGAAGCGCAGCCAUGCUGGUGCUGAGAGUAGUCGCCAAGCUCGUGGUCGAAGUCGUACGCACCAUAGCAUACGAAAGAUGGAUGCCCGGAGUACGGGUCCCCCAGCGCGAUGAGGCAGAAGCGCAGCCAUGCUGGUGCUGAGAGGUUUGCCAGGUUUGUUGCCAAGUCCUGCGAGAAGUGAAGAUUGAGCGCGGCGCCUGGCUUUUAUAAUGUCACCAGACGCGACGAGUGCAAAUCUCCUCGUGAUCAUAAGCUGCUCCCAAUUCUCGAACGAAAUGAAGCGUGUUUUUUCUCUGAUCAACAAGCCUUCCGAGUGGGCGCGCACGCAUAUGCAUCAUGUUUACCAGGCUCAUGCAUGCGCAUGCGAAUGUCCAUGCGGAUGCGAUUGCCAUGAUGGGGCAGCAUGCGAAUGAUCAUGAAGUCCACAAUGGUCGCGAGCAGUAUGGACAUGGCUGGCUAGCGAGAGCCGGCUUUGUAUGCAUGACCUUGACCGUCAAUUCGCCUGUCGGACCGCCGAUCGACCCGCCACCCGUGCUUCUCGACAGCGCAGGCGAACAUUUUUGCCGAGCCAUUUGGCGUUUUGACAAACCGCGUCAUAGCGCCAUAGCCCAAGCGACCUGCAGUUGUAGGCUGAGUAGCAAGGCGAUGGCAGACUUUGAUGCAAUCAGCACGCCGUUCUACAUCUUCUUCAUCUAUGUCGAGCCGCUCUUGACGGUCCUCGGCUUGCUCUAUGCGGUCGUCCUGCCCGUCCAGUACCACACUGAACUCAUUCCGGCACAUCUCCUGUCGCUGCUCGAGUCUACCUCAGAGGGCUUGAUCGGCAAGAUCCAACAUGGCACUCGAUCGGAUGCCGCUGCAAUCACGAGUGCGACCUUCAUGCUCAUCCAUCAGCUCGCGAGCUGCUUUGGCAUCCUAGCCUGCAUGAGCGCUAUUUUCCUGCGUAUGCUCAUCAUUUCACUGCGCUCCAAAGCUGCCAACUCUGGCAAAGCCAAGCUUGCGACAGAGCAUCUCCUCUUUGACCUGUUGACGCCCUAUUUUGCCAUCUUAGCAGUCUUUGACUGGGUACACAUAUUGCUUACGCUUUACGAUCUCGGUCCUGCUGCUAGGAGGCCGACGGAAUGGAACAGCCUCAUUCAUGGCAAUGUCACACUCGUCAUCGGACUGUUUGCCAUGAGGACGGCGUGGUAUCUCAGUACAAAAGCGAGUCAGGGCAAGAACAAGUUAGCGUAA